AGAGGAUCAAAGGUCCUGAAAUCAGAAAGUGUGAGAAGAUCAAAGUCAACACGUCAAGCAGCAGCUUCUUUCAACGCCACAGAUUCACCUCUGUAUCCUGCAGGUGGUGGAGGAAGAGGAGCGGAGGAGGAAGGAUGUCUCUGUCCCUGGUGCAGAGCCUCCGGCUGGCGGCUGUGCUGGAGGACUGUUCCGACCAGCUGGACAUCCUGGGAUACACUCUGACCGUGCAGGUCGGCAGGGAGCGAGGCGCCGCGGCGGCACAGGAGAGAACCAGGCUGACCAAGCUGAGAAGAGACUGUCAAUACGUCAAGCAGCAGAUUUCCAAGCUGCACUCGGAGCUGGAGGGGGAGCAGAGCUUCACCUCCAUCCUGCAGGUGGUGGAGGAAGAGGAGCAGAGGAAGAAGGCGGAGAACAUGCAAAGAGAGGCAAAGAUGGAGCUGGAGCAGAGAAAACGGGCUCUGCGGAGACAACAGGAGGCGCUCCAGCGGAAGACGGAGAAGCUGGAGGAAUUGUACUGGCUCACCAAAGAGCUGAAUCGUCAGCUGGACGAGCAGUCACUGAACGCGGCCAUCAGGAGGAGCCUUGUGGAGAACGACACCGAGCUGCAGCUCCAAUGGGCUCAGAAGAAGACGGGCCAGGCUGAGAGGCUGCUGGAGGACCAGCUGCAGCUGCUGCAGAAGCAGCUGGAGGAGGAGGCCAGAGUUCACGAGGAGUCCGAGAAAUUCCUGCGCAAUCGGCAAGAGGUCCUGCAGCAGCAGCUGCAGCAGUGGCAGCAGCACACGAAGCAGAUGCUGCACGAGAAGGAGGAGCAGCUCAACAAGGUGUGCCGCAGCAGGAUCGUGAACUUGGACAAAGUGACGGAGAUGAAGAGGAAGUUCGCUGAGAUGGAGGAGGUGGUGAAGGAGGAGAUGAAAGAGCAGGAGAAACGGGACCAGCAGCAGGCGAGGGUCACAGCUGCUACCAAGCUACAGGCCUGGUGGAGAGGCUGCAUGGUCCGCCUAGGCCUGGGAGGCGGCGGUGACAAGGCCAAGGAGGACAAGAAAAGCAAGAAGAAGAAAGCUGACAAGAAGAAGAAGAAGAAAAAAUGAGUUAUUUUUCCUACACGGCUUCUUAUGUUUAAAUAUAUAUAUAUACUUUA